GAAUCUCCAACCACUAUGAUUUUUACUUUAUCAAUGGCUGCCAUUGAUGAUAUUUAUUUUAUGAACAACAAAAAGUAUCAUUUGGCGUCGACGCUUUGUAUAUAUUUUUGUAUACAAAACUCCAUUCGCAGUCUCUGCAGUGACAGCCGACAGGUGCACCGCCGCCGCUCCGUUUUAUGAUCGGAGCCCAUAACCUCGAUUUUCACUUCAAAAUGAGUUCUGAAGAGAGAUUAAUUACAGAAGUUCCUAGUAGUUUAAAACAAUUAGCACGACUGGUAGUUCGUGGUUUUUAUACCAUUGAAGAUUCACUAAUUGUUGAUAUGCUUGUUCGAAAUCCAUGCAUGAAGGAAGAUGAUAUCUGUGAUCUACUCAAAUUUGACAAGAAGAUGUUAAGGGCACGUAUAACAACACUUCGAAAUGACAAAUUUAUUCAAGUAAGAUUAAAAAUGGAAACUGGUUCGGAUGGAAAAGCACAAAAAGUUAACUAUUACUUUAUCAAUUACAAGACCUUUGUAAAUGUAGUGAAGUACAAAUUGGAUCUGAUGAGGAAAAGAAUGGAAACUGAGGAGCGAGAUGCAACCAGCAGAGCUAGUUUCAAAUGCACAAGUUGUCUAAAAACUUUUACAGAUUUGGAAGCAGAUCAAUUGUUUGAUAUGGCUACUGAAGAAUUUAGAUGUACAUACUGCCGUGAAAUAGUUGAAGAAGAUUCGUCAGCUCUUCCAAAAAAGGAUUCAAGAUUGUUGUUAGCCAAAUUUAAUGAACAAUUAGAACCUCUCUACAUUCUCUUACGAGAAGUUGAAGGAAUCAAAUUAGCUCCAGAAAUUUUGGAGCCAGAACCUGUAGACAUUAACACAAUUCGAGGUAUUAUCGACUCAAAGAAAUCAAGCAGCUUGCGUGGACCUAAUGAACAAUGGUCUGGAGAAGCAACAAGAGGUGGAGGUUUUGUUGUGGAAGAUACCAGAGUGGAUGUAUUAAUUGGAGAUGAAAUACAAGAAGAUAAUGCCAGUAAUAAGAGGAAGGAGAGACCUAUUUGGUUGAUGGAGAGCACAGUCAUAACUUCAGAUACUUUACAGAAUGAUAUAGGAAAUAAUCAAGACAGUAUUUUGGAAAAAGCGGCUGCUGCUGCUACUGCUACUAAUGCAGCAAAUAUUAAACAAGGCGAAGAUAUCAUGUCGGUUCUCUUGGCCCAUGAGAAGAAGGGUGGUGUAAAUGAAAGUGCUGUAAAGGCUGUACUACCUCAAGAAUCGAGUGAUAGCAGUGAUAACGAAGAUGCAGGGGAGAUGCAGACAGUUGACACAGGCGAGGUGGAAGUAAUGGAAUCGGAUGACGAAGAUCAAGCGCCGACGGUUAUGGUCAACGGCAAGAGCGUGUCGUUAACCGAUGUAAAUGAUGCGCUUAUAGCAGAAAUGACUCCGUCAGAAAAAGAAGCUUAUAUACAGAUUUAUCAAGACUAUUAUUCGUCGAUGUAUGAUUGAAUAAAUAUUUUUAAUGUAAUAAUAACAGCCAAGCAAAUAUGUCGGAAUGAUUGUGAUGAUACGAGGAUGUAUAAUAUUUUGUACAAAUAAAGAAUGGCGUUUUUUUUUCAUAAAUAACUUUGCUAAAGAUGUGUUUUAUUGUAACAUUAUUUUAUUCAAAUAUUGUUAUUAUCAAGUUACAACAGUUAUUAUAACAAUAAAAUGACAAUUGAAUAACAUUGAGAAAUAUUCUUCAAAAUUGUCACUCGAGAAGCCAAAUUAACAUUGUUGCAUAAUAACUUUAUAUCUUUCUAAUGUACAGCAAAAAC